UUAGAUUAAAGGUAAAUGAUAUCAAACAUUAAUGAAUUGUCGAAGUGUUUCCCAAAAGGUACUUUAAAACUCUUUUCUUUCCUACAGAUUGAUAGACAGCAGUUUGAAGAAACUGUGAGAACCCUAAAUAACCUUUAUGCAGAAGCAGAGAAGCUCGGGGGCCAAUCCUAUCUUGAAGGCUGUUUGGCUUGUUUAACAGCGUACACCAUCUUCUUGUGCAUGGAAACCCACUAUGAGAAGGUUCUGAAGAAAGUCUCCAAAUAUAUUCAAGAACAGAAUGAGAAGAUAUAUGCUCCCCAAGGCCUCCUCUUAACAGAUCCCAUCGAGAGAGGACUUCGAGUUAUUGAAAUUACCAUUUAUGAAGACAGAGGCAUGAGCAGUGGAAGAUAAAACAUCAGUUUAAAGAUCCCACCUCCCACUGGGACCCUCAUCUGUCCACUGACUGAUCACAGAGUGUCCCUACCUCCUCUCCAGAGCAUCAUUCCUUUGUAUCUGCUGCCAGAGCCAUGGUGCCAUUUACUCCAAGGACUAACUUUCUAAAAUUCCAUGCCUGAGGUGACCUCUAGUCUCUCAGCAUCCACUUUGUGUCUCCAAAUUGGAUAGGACUCUGUAAUCUUUUGAUUAGUCUCUGAGAAAACACAAUGAAGCAUUUCAUUUUUUAAAUUCAAAGCCAUUUAGUAAAAUAUGCAGUUGGUCAGCCAGUGCAGCUUUGUUUCUUACCUACACCAGUACCACUUUAUUCCUCCGUCCAGUUCCCAAGAUGGCUUUUGACUUCAACAAGUCCAGUCUUAGCCAGUGUUCGGUCUUGUUCCCCUAAGGUGAUGAAAGGCUUUGUUUCAGGUAAGGUAUGUAUAUCUGUGGUUUUGCCUGUACAGCUCCCAAAUUUCAAAGUACUACACAUGUUGCUAUGAUUCAAAUCCUAAGAUUGAUUCAAACCGAAGCUCAAUGAAGAAAAUAAUGUAUGUGAUUUGUCUCAUUAUAGCAACUAUUCCUAAUUAAA